GUCAUCAGGUACCGGAUCAUCUGGCUCGACAGCAGGCACCGGGUCAUCUGGCGCUGGAUCGUCUGGCUCGACAGCGGGCAUCGGGUCACCAGGCAUGACCGCGGGCACUGGGUCAUCAGGCAUUGGAUCGUCUGGCUGGACAGCGGGCAUCGGGUCACCAGGCAUCAGGUCAUUUGGCUCGACAGCGGGCACCGGGUCAUCAGGUACCGGAUCGUCUGGCUCGACAGCAGGCACUGGGUCAUCAGGCGUGAUAGGAUCAUCAGGCUGGAUCAGUUCAUCAGGCUGGGUACGGACAUCAGGCUGAAGUGCGGGUGCCGAGGCACCAGGCUGAACCACGGAAGGCAGGCUCACCGGUUUGGAUACUGGCAGGAUGGUAUUGGUUGGAAAGAAUUUCCGCUUUUUUCUGGUUUUAACUACUGGAGCACUGCAAGUAAAUGCAGGUCUGCAAACGAAUGGAGCAGCUGGAGACAGAGAAGAACUGGAGGAUGGAACAGAGGAGGGAGCUGUUGCUACAGAGGACUUCUUUACAGGGUUAAAGAAAGGAUAGGUGCAGCGAGUGGGAGCAGAGGACUGGUAUGUGGUAGUUAGAGUAUACUGGGCAGUCACUGGGGGUGCUGUCGGGGAUGCAGGAAGAGUGCCUUGAGUGGAGGAAUGAUGUUGUAAGCUGACUGAGGCUGGGUGCAACAAGUCUGUCCAUGUCUGCAGUAUGGGUUGAACAAAGCUGAGCUUACACAAAGCCUGUCUGACCAAUGACUGCACUGCGUUUAUACAAUCUCUUAGUACCUGUUGUGAACAUGCAGAAUAACGCUCCAGAAAGUAACCCACAUCAUCCUCUAAUAACCAUACCAGGGACUCUACCUGGUCGGCACUAAAUGGCGGCAAAAAUUCAUCCCUGCAUUCGGGGGUACCAGAUGAAACCAACUCUGCACAAACCUGAAUCAAUGGCUGCACCUCAGAGAAUUCUGUGCCCUGAUCUACUAGAACAUGAGCGAGCCGUAUACAUUCUAGCAGUUCAUCCCGGGGAUACUCCUUCAGAGUCUGAUAAGCAUAUUCUCUGUUAUCAAACACUAGCAGAGAUAAAUACACAACCUUAUCAAGAUCCAUCCUUCCCA